AUGCGGAAUGCUCCUGAUGGCCAUAUUUUUCUGGAAGCUUUCUCUCCAGUGUACAAGUAUGCUCAGGAUUUCCUGAUUGCCAUUGCUGAGCCUGUGUGCAGACCCACCCACAUCCACGAGUACAAGCUGACGGCCUACUCGCUGUACGCCGCUGUCAGCGUGGGGCUGCAGACCAGCGACAUCACCGAGUACUUACAAAAGCUCAGCAAGACUGGUGUCCCGGAGGGAAUAAUUCAAUUUAUCAAGCUGUGUACUGUCAGCUAUGGGAAGGUGAAGCUGGUACUGAAACAUAACAGGUAUUUUGUGGAAAGUACUCACCCUGAUGUCAUUCAGCAGCUUCUGCAGGACCAUGUUAUUAAAGACUGUCGCUUGAGAAAUGCUGAGGGUGAAGAAACGGAGCUCAUUACAGAGACCUUCACAAGUAAAUCUGCGAUUUCCAAAUCCAAUGAAGGAGGCUUUGGUCCAUCAACGUCGCAGGGAACAGAUGCCCAGAAUAAGCCAGAUGUCCCAGCUGACUUAUUUGAGUUUUAUGAACAGAUGGAUAAAGAUGAGGAGGAAGAGGAGGAAACGCAGACAGUAUCUUUUGAAGUCAAACAGGAGAUGAUUGAAGAACUUCAGAAACGUUGCAUCCACUUGGAAUACCCCUUGCUGGCAGAAUAUGAUUUCAGAAAUGAUUCUGUGAAUCCUGAUAUUAACAUAGAUCUGAAACCUACAGCUGUUCUCAGGCCCUAUCAAGAGAAAAGCCUAAGGAAAAUGUUUGGAAAUGGGCGAGCCAGAUCUGGUGUAAUUGUCUUGCCAUGUGGUGCUGGCAAGUCUCUAGUUGGGGUGACAGCUGCCUGUACUGUCCGCAAGCGGUGCCUGGUCCUUGGCAAUUCUGCAGUGUCUGUAGAGCAGUGGAAAGCCCAGUUCAAGAUGUGGUCCACCAUUGAUGACAGUCAGAUAUGUCGGUUCACUUCUGACGCCAAAGACAAGCCCAUUGGCUGUUCUGUUGCUAUCAGCACGUACUCCAUGUUGGGACACACGACAAAAAGAUCCUGGGAAGCAGAAAGAGUAAUGGAAUGGCUUAAAAGUCAAGAGUGGGGCCUUAUGAUACUUGAUGAAGUACAUACUAUCCCUGCAAAAAUGUUCAGACGUGUGCUCACUAUUGUACAAGCUCAUUGUAAACUGGGGCUGACUGCUACCCUGGUCAGAGAAGAUGAUAAAAUUGUUGACCUGAACUUCCUGAUUGGACCAAAGCUCUAUGAAGCCAACUGGAUGGAGCUGCAGAACAGUGGCUACAUUGCUAAAGUCCAGUGUGCUGAGGUUUGGUGCCCAAUGUCACCUGAAUUUUAUAGAGAAUACGUAGCUAUCAAAACAAAGAAGAGGAUUCUGCUGUACACCAUGAACCCAAACAAGUUCAGAGCCUGCCAGUUCCUGAUUAAGUUUCACGAGCGACGGAAUGAUAAAAUAAUUGUGUUUGCUGACAAUGUGUUUGCACUGAAGGAGUAUGCAAUCAGGCUGGGGAAACCCUAUAUAUAUGGUCCUACUGCACAAGGAGAAAGAAUGCAAAUUCUACAGAACUUCAAGCACAAUCCAAAGAUCAACACUAUUUUCAUUUCCAAGGUGGGUGACACAUCCUUUGAUCUGCCAGAAGCCAAUGUUCUGAUUCAGAUAUCGUCCCAUGGUGGGUCUCGAAGACAGGAGGCUCAAAGACUGGGACGAGUGCUCAGAGCCAAAAAAGGCAUGGUUGCAGAGGAAUACAAUGCCUUUUUUUAUUCUCUUGUAUCCCAAGACACUCAGGAAAUGGCAUAUUCAACCAAGCGACAACGGUUUCUUGUAGAUCAAGGUUAUAGCUUCAAGGUAAUAACAAAGCUCGCUGGCAUGGAAGAAGAAGAACUUUCAUUUUCAACCAAAGAAGAACAGCAGCAACUUCUCCAGAAAGUCCUGCAAGCAUCUGACCUGGAUGCUGAGGAGGAAGUAGUUGCUGGAGAAUAUGGUUCAAAGUCAGCUCAGAUGUCACGUCGUACAGGCACAAUGAGCUCCAUGUCAGGAGCAGAUGAUACAGUUUACAUGGAAUACCAUUCCUCACGGAGCAAGGCUUCUGCAAACAAACACAUCCACCCACUGUUCAAACGCUUCAGGAAGUGAUGUCCUUCAUCUGUGCUU